AUGAAAAAAUUGAACUGAGAUUCAAAGAGUAAAGCAGAGCAGACGCAAUACAAUUGCUUAUACCGCAAGAAAACCAUUCAAUUCGUUUGUCUGCCUGCUUCGAAAUCGCCAAACCUCAAUUAAAGUCGAUCCCUAAUCUGAAACUUUGAAAAUUGAGCAAAUAUUUUUCAAACAUUAUUUUAGCUUUGAAUUUCAAGAUAAUGACACGCCAGACCAAACCAACCCAAAACCCAUUUUUCUAUAAGCUUGAACAAGAGAUACUUCCGAGGAGGAGGAAGAAGAAGAAGAAAAUUGAAGAAAAAUGACAUUUGCAGAACUAUUUACCCGUGUUGGAUCGAUAAUUGGAAGUUUGGUGUUCGUCUGGGCAUUAUUUCAGCAGUAUUUCCCAGUUGAGCUUCGUGCCUGUUUCGAGAAAUAUUCUCAUAGAUUUGUCAGUUUCUUUUAUCCCUUCGUUCAAAUCACCUUCAAUGAGUUCACCGGCGAAGGUUUCACCCGCAGUGAAGCCUACAUCGCCAUUCAAAAUUACCUCUCCAGAAACUCCUCGUCGCAAGCCAAACGCCUCAAGGCUGAUUCCAUGAAGAACAACCAGUCUCUGGUGCUCACCAUGGACGACCACGAAGAAAUUGCAGAACAAUACGAAGGGGUAAAGCUAUGGUGGUCUUCAGGGAGAAAUAUUUCCAAGUCCCAGACGAUUUCAUUCCACCCAGCGACAGAGGAUAAAAGGUUUUUUAUGCUCACUUUCCAUAGAAGGCACAGAGAUUUCAUCAUCGGUCAGUAUUUGAACCAUGUACUCAAAGAGGGGAAGGCUAUUAAGGUCAAGAACAGGCAACGGAAACUUUUCACGAACCAAGACGCCCAAUGGAGCCACGUUGUGUUCGAACAUCCAGCAACGUUCCGGACAUUGGCGAUGAAGCCAGAAAAGAAGAAGGAGAUAAUGGAAGACCUAAUCGCGUUUAGCCAGGCGGAGGAAUUUUACAAAGAAAUCGGUAGGGCUUGGAAAAGGGGAUAUCUCCUGUACGGUCCACCAGGAACUGGAAAAUCAACGAUGAUAGCGGCGAUGGCGAAUCUCUUAGGGUACGAUAUUUACGACCUGGAAUUAACUUCCGUCAGAAACAACAUCGAAUUGAGACGAUUACUAACCGAAAUUUCAAGCAAAGCCGUGGUAUCAAUGCAGAGUACACGCAGAGCUUCGUUGAUGGCGGUUUCUUCGUUCCCGGUUCUUUCUUCAUUAGGUGCCCGUUCUAACAUCUCUGUUCUAGACCGAGAUUGUAGCUUGUUUUCGCUGAAUAUUCCACUCGUCAAUAUCUGUUCUAGACUGAGCACUCAUCCGUCGUCUUCUACUAUCGUUUGCUCGUACAAAUCUGAGAAUUCCGUUAGUGAGCGGAGGAAGAAGUUAUUGGAGCAGUAUGGACUUGAUCCUGACGAGUUUUUGUCUGAACCUUCUGCUAAUCGAGCACGAGAAAUGCGAAAAUCGGGAAAAGACAAGCAGAUUUCAGGCCAGGAUCCUAAAUUUCAACGGAAGACCCAUAAGUUACUUAAGGUGCUUGGUGGAAGUGCUCGGAGAAUGAAGCUAAUCUCACCAAUAGGCUUGGAUGUACGACCAAUGAUGGAAGUUGUGAAAGGUGCAGCUUUUGAUAUCUUGCAGGCUGCUGGUGGCUGUCCAGCAUCUUUAAGGCCUGGUCGUUGGUUAGACUUGUAUAGUGGUACCGGAUCAGUUGGUAUUGAAGCUAUGAGCCGUGGAUGUUCUGAGGUGCAUUUUGUUGAGAUGGAUCCAUGGGUUGUCUCUGACGUUUUAAGGCCGAAUCUGGAAUCUACUGGGUUUUUUGAUGAUUCAGUCAUUCACACAAUUCCAGUUGAGAAUUUUAUAGAACGAGCUGAGCAGCUUAUUGGUAAUGAUAGACCAUUUGAUUACAUUAGUGUUACCCCACCGUACAUACAAGUUGAUUAUGGGGUAGUCAUGGAGCAACUAUCAAAGUCAGCCUUAGUUGGAGAAGAUACCUUCAUCGUUGUUGAAUAUCCAUUGAAGACUGACAUGCUGGAUUCGUGUGGAUGCCUUAUUCAGAUUACUAAGCGACGGUUUGGUCGGACAGUCUUGGCGAUUUAUGGACCCAAGUGGGCUGAGAAGGAAAAAAGAAAAAAAUAAGUUUACUUUAUGAAGUUGCUAAAACUGCCGAGUGAGAUCAGCCGGUGACAUUGUUCUUGCUAACAGCCUAAACUCAAAGUGGUCGGAAAGCAACUUAGAAGAGCUGCAUGCUUUUUCAUCAAAAAACUUAGAAGAGCUGCAUGCGUUAAAGUAUUUCCUUCGUUCCAUUUUGUUGGUAACUAGGAACUGAAGUAUCCAGAUGUUGGUACUACUUUUCUUGAUUCUAUUGGCCUCUUGCAAGUACAGGGUUCACGAUAUGUGUAAUCUACAGCCACCUGCGCAUUGUCCAGCUCUAGAAUUUAUAUCCAAGCUUCAUGAUGUGCUUAAAGAAAGGAAGGCAGAGAAUGUACCGCUAUUUUGGGGUCUAAAUUGAUGAGUGACCUUGAGCAGUUGCCAAGUAUACUUUACCACAGUAAGCGGAAGUAUAACAUGUAGUAGAUUGUAUUGGAACCUAAAUAUCUAUUGCCGUCGACUUCUUUGGUUGAUUCCAGCAUAUAAGUGCCAGUAUGCCUAUUCAGAAUCAUGAAUUUUAUGGACUUGUUGAUCUCCAAGUUUACCCUUGUCAUUCUUGUGCUACUUUAUCUAUUCCAAACUUCUGUUUUACUCAACCUAUAGGAAUCUUAUCAUAUCUAA